AUGUGGAAGACCCUUUCUGGGGCUGAGGAGGAAGAGGCCACAUCCCCCUCCUCCUCCCUCUCCUCGUCCCCCUCUGUCCUGUUCCUGGGCACCCUGGAGGAGGUGGCUGUUGGUGUGAACCCGAGUCCUCCCCAGAGCCCUCAGAGUGCCUGGCGCUCCCCCGCUGCCAUGGCAGCUGCUCCAUGGAGCCAAUCUGAAGGUGAUGGCUCCAGCAGCCAAGGUGACGAGGGGCCAAGCACCUGGGAGGACCUGGAAGACGCCAAGUCCUCACUCCAAGAAGCACUACAUUUGAAGAUGGCUGACCUGGUGGCGUUCCUGCUCCUCGAUUAUCGCACCAAGGAGCCUACCACAAAGGCGGAAAUGCUGAAUCUGGUCAUCAGAGAUUACCAGGACCACUUCCCUGUGAUCUUCAGCCAAGCCUCUGAGUGCAUGCAGCUGGUCUUUGGCAUUGACGUGAAGGAAGUGGACCCCAGCGACCACUCCUAUGUCCUGGUCACCACCCUGGGCCUCACCUAUGAAGGGAUGCUGAGCGGUGAGCAGAGCAUGCCCAGGACCGGCCUCCUGGUGAUGCUCCUGGGCGUGAUCCUCCUGGAGGGCGACUGCGCCCCUGAGGAGGAUGUCUGGGAAGCGCUGAGUGUCAUGGGGGUGUGUGCCAGGACGGAACACUUCAUCUACGGGGAGCCCAGGGAGCUCCUCACCAAAGUUUGGGUGCAGGAACAGUACAUGGAGUACCGGCAGGUGCCCGACAGCGAUCCUGCACGCUACGAGUUCCUGUGGGGUCUCAGAGCCCACGCUGAAACCAGCAAGAUGAAAGUCCUGGAGUAUUUGCUCAGGGUCCAUAGCAGGGAUCCAGGUUCCUUCCUCCACCUGUCCGAAGAGGCUGUGAGGGAUGAGGAAGAGGGGGCCUGAGCCAGAGAUGCAGCCAGGCACAGUCCAGGCCCACGUCCAGCAGCUUCUCCUGCGGGGCAUGAAGUGAGUCUGCUUCUUCACUGUGUGUUUGAAGAGAGAGCAGUCAGCAUCCUAAGUAGUGGAGGGCCAGGUUGA